AUGUGGCUUGAUCGGUUUGCUGGGCCGCACCCCGGAAACACACCAUCGCCGCCCAACAGCCAGGGCCGCACCCAGUCGCCGCUACCUCGGCGAACAUCGAGUGCGCGGGGCCCGUAUCUCACGUCGCAACGACCGGGCCUGUCCCCAAGGGGCUCUUCGUUGUCGCUGGCCUCAAACGAUUCCUCGUCUUCGCUGCUCGGCGCGUCAAAGCGAAGCAAUGGCUCGGCAUUGAAACAGUCGACAACGGCGGACAACGCACCCGACCCAGAGACGAUCCUCGCUAGCAUUCUCGGUCCCCUCCCCGAUAAUAUUGCGCCGCUGGAAGAAGACAGGGCAGGGCGGAUUGCAGAGGAUGAUUUGGAGUUGGAUUUUGAUUUUGGUGGCCUCUCCCUCCGCGAGCUCGCCGAGGGCGGUGGCGGUCGGGUGGUGGCCGACACCGACAGACCGCAGACUGUAGAAGACUGUAGGUCGCCCCGAGCCAAUGCGGCCCUCUCUUCCUGUACUCAUAGAUUCGACAUAGUCGAGCGAGACAAGGCCAAGUUUGAAGACCUCCAUCGAUCCAUUCGAGCAUGUGACGACAUCCUGAGCUCUGUCGAGUCCAAUCUCACCAGUUUCCGCAACGACCUGGCUGCUGUGUCCGCCGAUAUUGAGAGUUUACAGGCCCGGUCAACAGCGUUGAAUGUCAGGUUGGAAAAUAGGAAGGCUGUGGAGAAGGCGCUGGCCCCCGUGGUGGAAGAACUGAGCGUGUCACCCACGUUCGUGUCCAAGAUAUCAGAAGGCCACAUCGACGAGGCAUGGGUCAAAACCUUGGCCGAUCUGGAUAAGAGAGCAGUGGCCCAGAAGAAAACCCCCCAGCAGACACCAAGUAAGGCUUUAGCUGAUGUAGGGCCGCUACUGGAGAAGCUGGUUCUCAAGUUCAAGGACCUGUUUACCUUUCUCCAUCGGCACCAGCCCGUGCUUGCAGGGGAAAUUUGCCAGGCCUACCUCAACACCAUGCGCUGGUACUACCUGAACCAGUUCACACGCUACCAGAAAGCGCUGGAGAAGCUCAAGCUCCACAUCCUCGACAAAAAUGAUGUGCUUGGCCAUGAGGAUACGUCAAGAAGGACCACUGUCCUCUCAGGGUCCAAGAUCGCCGGCGCACCCCACGACGCGUUCAAUCUGGGCAGGAGGAUAGACGUCCUGAAAACCACCAACCAGCUCGCCAUAUCCUCCUAUCUCGCAGAAGAGGACCAAUCAACCCACUAUCUCGAAGUCCCCUUCCGCCACUUCAACAUCGCCCUCAUCGACAACGCCACGGCCGAGUACACCUUCCUCGCGGCAUUCUUCAGCCCGUCCCUCUCCUUCGCCGCCAUCUCGCGGCACUUCAACUACAUCUUUGACCCGGCCUUCGCCCUGGGCCAAGCCGUUACCCGGCAACUCGUCGCCGAGACGUACGACGGGCUCGGCGUGCUGCUGUGCGUGCGCCUCAACCAGCGCUCGGCCUUCGAGCUGCAGCGCCGCCGCGUGCCCGCCGCCGACGGCUACAUCAACGGCACCUCCAUGACCCUGUGGCCCCGCCUGCAGGGCAUCAUGGACGCCCACUGCGAGUCGGUCCGGGCGCUGACGGCGGCUCUGCCUACGCGCGCGCCUUCGGCCGCGACCGUGAAGACGGCGUCUGCCGCGCCCCAUGUCGUCACGCAGCGGUUUGGUCAGCUGUUGCACGGGGUGUUGGCGCUGAGUGCGGAUGUUGGCGGGGACGACGAGCCGGUCGUGGCGAGCCUGCGGCGGUUGCGGAAUGAGGUUGAGGCGUUUCUGACUAAGGCCAGCCAGGCGUCCUUUGGAGCAGAUAAGCGGAAGCGGGAGCGGUUCUUGUAUAAUAAUUAUAGCUUGGUUCUGACCAUUAUUAGCGAUGUCAGUGGGAAGCUAGCGGAUGAGGAGCAGGAGUAUUUCGAGGCCUUGAAAACGAGCGUUCAGGAGGCUGGGUAG